AUGUCUUUUAUCGCCAGAAGAUCUUUGUCUACCUUGAUCCCACCAAAGAUCGCCUCUGCUGCCAACAUUGGCUCCAACCCAAACGCCGUUAAGAUGGCUAACGUUGUUGCCUUGUACCAGAAGUUGCCAAAGGGCGACAAGCAGCCAUUCAAGGCCACCAAGUACUUUGACAAGGACAGUAACGCUUCUUCCAAGUUCUUUGUCUACCUUGCCACCGGUAUCAUCACCUUCGGUUACACCUGUGAAUGGUACUUCCAUCUCCGUCACCACAAGCAUGGUGAUCACUAAAUCACGCUGUCACUACCAAAGUCGCAAUGCUAAUCUAUGAUUACACUUCCUUAUGCCUGCUCUUUUUUCCACUCUUACACCUUGAC